AUGUCGGAUGCCACCGCAUACGUUCUCUCGGACUGGGAGAGGACCACCUACUACAACGGUAUUUCUCCCGACCAUCCUGAGCUGCUCUUCCGCUCAGAUCUCAUCGAAAAUCCCUUCCCCAUCCCCAAGGGCAGACACCCUCAUCUCCCUACCAAGACCGUCCAUGGUGUCUUCAACACGCCGCUCAACGCUGUCUGGGGCACUGUCGCUCCCCAGAUCUGCGAGUUGUUGAAGGCUCGGAAGAUUCGCUACUCAGCCAUCAAUACAGCUCGUUUCGUCACCCACGGCGAGGACGGGAAGGACACUCUCGGUCCCGUCGUGAUUUGGAUUGCGACUCAUCCCACUACCACCACCGCCGAGAACGCGCACGACGCUUCCCCGGACAUUCUCGCUCUCCUCAAGGCCAAUGCAGUCGAGGGUGUGGUGGUCGAAUGGUACGAGGGAGCCGUAGAGAAGCUCAUAGAGAACAAGGACAAGUGCGGCAUAUCUAGGGCCAAGGUCCUCGGCGUUACCAACUGCCACGUUCUCCACGUGGAUACCACCGUCGAAUACGAGCUCAAGGACGCUGGCGCACCUCCCCAGCACGUUCGACUUGCCAAAUUCCGUCGAUUCCAGCGCGACCUCGACGAGAUCAAGGCCUGCAUCGGUGGCUACGGAACAGAUGCCGACCUCUUGGCUAGGGAGAUUGUUGAGUUGGAGGCGAAGCCGAAGAGCGAGGACCCGGAGGAGGCGGCGGAGGACGAGGCGGCCGCGGAGGCUAAGCGGGAGAAGUUGGCCAAAGUGAAUAAGGAUAUCGGCGUACCCGAGGCCUUCUACAAGGACACCAACAAACAGUGGGGCGAUAUUGCGCGCCGAAACAUCGGCCACGUCGAUUGGGCUCCCGAGAUCUUCGUCGACGUCCAGGAUGCGGCGAAGUUCAAGGCCCAGUUCAAGGGCAACGUCGUCGAUUUAGGAUCCAAGUUUACUCCCCGGCAACUAACCGACAUGUUCUACCCUCAAAGUGGCAGUAGGACGACGUUCAAGUUCCCCACGAAUCGCCAGCUCAGGAUCAGGGGUUGUGUCACGCGCGAUUUCCUGGCUGUUCCCGACUGUUUCGACAGCAACGGCGUGCCCUGCCUUAUUGUCAUGAAGGACGGUAACACCACCGACCUCACGGUUGGACGCUACGCCGGCCUGGAGGCCUACCUUUGCGAUGACCUGGGCGUCGAGUCCAUCGAACUCGCCAUCCAUAACUACGAUAAGCAGUCCGGCCCAUUCCGCGCCAAGGGCGACUCAGGCUCGCUCAUUUUCGAUGGCGAGGGUCAUAUGGUCGGUAUUCUUCACUCUGGGAUGCCGAAAGGCGGGAGCAACCACGUCACCUACGCCACCCCCGCCUGGUGGGCCAUCGAGCAACUCAAACUCAAGUAUCCGCACGCCGACUCCGACCGCAUCGCCUUUUAAACGCGAACACCAUCGUCAAUCAUAUGCUCUCCCAUCUCCCCGCUCCUUCUCCGUCUACGAUUUGUUUGCUUCCUCGGCGCUCGGUUAUCUAUUGGUUGGUUAUUGGUGCAGGCAGGUGCUUUUACAUCAGGCAUGGACUCUUAAUCUUUUAAAAAGCAUGAAGUUUGGCGUACUAUUGUCAUUAUUUUCUUUGAUUCAGUAUAGAAUAAAUGGUAGUAUAGACGGAGCAGUGAACUGUCUGCAUCCAAAAUGAAGUAUUUCUGUCC